CGUACUUUUGGCCUCAUUCAUAUAUUAUAGUCUUUGCCUUACCUUUUAAGCACUUCUUCCCCCUCCCCCUCUCUCUCUCUCUCUCCAUUUUUCUUCUACCAAAUCCAUCUUUCUAUCAAAGGAAGCACUGGAGCGUUAUUACAUGUUCAGAGAAAGGGAGAGAUUGGAUGAUAUUAUUGGGAAGAAGUUAAAGACGGAGAAUAUUGAUGCAUCUUCAAAGUUACAUAUGCAACAAAUUAUGGGAAGGAGACAUAUAUUGGAGCCUUCAUGCACAAAAUUGAAUACUAUUACCCCUUGUGCUGCUUGUAAGCUUUUGAGAAGAAAAUGUGCUGAGGAAUGUCCUUUUUCUCCUUAUUUCUCCCCUCAUGAACCCCAGAAAUUUGCUGCUGUUCAUAAAGUCUUUGGUGCCAGCAAUGUUUCUAAGUUGCUCAUGGAAGUACCAGAAAGUCAAAGAGCAGAUGCAACAAAUAGUUUGGUGUAUGAAGCAAAUGUGAGGCUAAGGGAUCCAGUGUAUGGAUGCAUGGGUGCAAUUUCAGCUUUAAAUCAACAAGUUCAAUCUUUACAAGCUGAGCUUAAUGCAACAAGGGCUGAGAUUUUGAGAUAUAAAUAUAGAGAAGCAACAAAUACUCUUAUUGCAUCUACUACUCACGCUGCUUUGGUUUCCACCACCGGCGGCUCCACCCUGAACGUGGCUGAGCUGCCACAAGCUCCUUCCACUCCCACCCAUCCACCGCGGCUGCCUCCACCACCCCAAGAGUCUUUGGGUGUUAUUGUCUCUUCUUGUUCUUCUCCUUCUAGUGAAGUCAACUUUAGUGUCAUUCCCAACAAUAAUAUACCCUAUUUUGACUAGUUUAUGGGAUUGAUACAGAGUCGGAUUCAAAAUUUAGAGUCACUGAUUUUAGAACUAAUGUAAGUUUAUUAUAUGUAUACGUAGUUCGAAUCGAAAUUUGUGAGUUCAAUUAAAUCCAUAGUCCUAUUUCGGA